AUGUCAGACUAUCAAAGUUUUAAAGCCAUUAUUGAGGCUCUCUACAAGAGAGUGAACGAGAGCUGGAGAGAUAGAGGAAAGAGCUUGAUUGAUGAAGAUGGAAGGAGGGAGGAAGAGGAAGAUGAUGAGGGUUGUACCAGGUCCCCAACACAGGAAAUGAUGGCUCAUGAUGGUAGACUGCUGUUGGAGUUGGAGAAGAUGUUGGGUGACGGUGGCUACUGCAUAGAAAGAGGAAGAUUGGGGAAGGGUUUGGAACGUGGACGAAUUAACCGUAACAUGAUUGUUGGAAUGCUUGAUCCACCAAGAGAAGAAGUAAGAAAUGCUAUACUUUCAUGCAUGACAGCUCAGGGGAUAACAAGUGCUUCUGAGUUUGAAGAGCUUCCAGCACUACAAAAAGCAAUGGCAUUACAACGCAUGACACUGUUCACCCGGGUUGAGCCAUCUCAUAAAAGGAUGCUGGUUGAAGCAUUACAACACCAAAAUGAAGUGGUUGCAAUGACUGGCGAUGGAGCACCUGCACUAAAGAAAGCUGACAUAGGAAUUGCCAUGGGAUCAGGCACAGCAGUUGCCAAGGUAUUGCCUGGUGGCUCUCCCUUUUCGAGCAUUUUAUUUAAUAUUUCUUUGUCUGUUCAAAAAAUAAAAUAUGGGUCUCAAAAAAACUUUUGCAAAUUUAUUUAAUAUUUCUAGGCUAUCAAGUAUGGCAGGUGUUAGUAACAUGGCCUCUUUUUUUUCUCGCUUUUUUUCUUUUGUUCCCUGACAUAGUUCCCAUGAU